AUGCAGGUGAUAAUUCUUCGGAACGACAACGCCAGUGGGAUAAUCCGUCUGUCAUCUUCUACAGUUUCUGUGAAAGAAGAUACCAGAGGAACAUUUUUGAACAUUGUACGAAGUGGAGGUUUAUUUGGUCAGGUACCAGUUACAUUUGUUCUUAAUAUUUUUAGGAUUAUAAAUCUUGUCAAGAUACGUAUAGCAGAUAUAUGCAGCAUUCGCAAAACUACAGUGUGUUUUAAAUAUCUGAGCUGAACUAACUUUACUAUGAGAAUAUGACUAUGCAAAAUUUUAUGCGAAUUCCGCAGCUUAAAAUGAGAAGCAUUGCUGUAUUUUCUAACCAAAUUCUUCUCUUUAAUUACAGAUAACUGUGGACAUCGUGGUCACACCAAGAACAUCAGAUCCAACCAAAGACUACCGCAUCAACGCCAGCAAGGUCACACUGGCAGAUGGUCAGCGGACUGCAGCAGUACCAAUAUCUAUUAUCAAUGAUGAAGAUCCUGAAUUCAAUGAGACAUUUAUUGUUCGUCUUGUGUCAAGUGAUGGAAGCGUGAUCAUUGGCUCUCCUUCACAAUGUGAAGUGACCAUUGAAAAAAACGACUAUCCUUAUGGAUUAAUAGGUAAUACAACGCAGUAGCUUACUUCUAGUUAACUAAACUAACUUUAUCAAUACUGGAUAGUUCUAUUAGUUCUUAACUGUUAUUCCUAGAGGUUCAGUUGGGUCAUGUUUCUACGGAAGGAAACCUAAACUGACUUUAUUUAACUUGAUGUCUAAACUGACAUACUUUUUUGGUGUUUUUUUUUUCCUGGUAAGGGCAUCGUUUAUAGAGGGCAACAAAUGGUUGCUUCAACUUUAUUUGAUUUUUUUUGCAGGGUAUGCUGUCUCUUCGUUGGAUAAUUUCGUUAAUGAACCGCCCAGCGGUAGCCAAGUGGUUAAACUUUAUAUAAUACGUGAAUAUGGUACGCUGGGUGUUGCGAGGUUUGAGUGGGAGGUGACGCUCUCUGGGAGACUGGCAACUAAUGACGUACAACAGACUCAGGGCAGUGGUCUUAUACCUCCCGGAGAAAACAGAACGAGUUUUGAUAUCGUAAUUCUGGCUGAUAAUGUUCCAGAGGUCAACGAGGUAUUAAUAGACCGUUCAUGCUUUGAACUAACCACGAAAUACUGCUGUUGGAAAAAUAUCUAUUCAUGAAAAUCAUGCACGAAAAAUUUGAUGUUUGCUCACCCACUAAAAACAUUGUUUCGUUACACUAGCUUUGGAUUCGUGGUUUGCUCAUGUUUCUAAUUUCGAGGUUUGCCCGAAUCCUCAACAAUUUAUGUGUCUUUAAGGUACUGUCAGUUACUCUGAGAAUAAGCCAAGGUGAGGCUCAACUGAAUCCAGGCAGAAGUCAAGCCAAUGUAACAAUUAAUCUCAACGAUGAUGCACAUGGUGUGAUAGAGUUCAGUAAAGACAGUUACACCGUACAUGAGAAUGAUCAAAAUACCACUGCUCAUAUUCCAAUUGUUCGAAAACGAGGCACAUAUGGUGAUGUGAAAGUUUACUACAGGUACGCAUACUACUUUCAUAUUAAUCUGACACUGCAAUCGACCAACGAAAAAUUCGUUGGCUCGAACGGGAUUUGAACUCGCAUCUUUGGGUAUCUAGACCGCCGCUCUACCUAUUGAGCUAUCGAGUCAACAGGGAUUGGUAGCGAGUCUUAUCCAAUUUAAGUGCACGAAAUAUUUUCGUGACGACUAACGCUUGUCUUAGAGACGUGCAGUGUUUCAAUUCUAUUUCAGAACCAUCCUCAGAGAUACGAAAAACUACUUUCAUAUUAAUCUGACAUUGAAAUCGACCAACGAAAAAUUCGCAUAUUACAUUAGCAAAAUCUUGUCGUUCAACAACAUGAUCCAGUGUUACUACAGGAGAGACAGGAGAGAACUUAGACUAAACUAAACUAACUUUAUUUAUACUGGAUUGCUAUAUCAGUUCUAAACUGUUCUCCCUUGAUGUCCAAUAAGAACCAUCUCUUAUUGAUCCAGAGUUACUACAGGAGGGAACCUGACUAAACUAACUUUAUUUGUACUUGAUUGCUGUGUCAGGUCUAAACUGGUCUCUCUAUAGAUAUAGUAAGACCAUCCUUAUUGAGCCAGUAUCACCACAGGAGGAAACCUAACCUAAAUUAACUCCAUUUAUACAACCGGGAUAUAUCUAUCAGUUCUAAGCAGUUCUUCCUAGAGGUUCAAACAACGGUUACCCCCAAUAGUCCAGUGUUACUACUACUGGAACAAAUCUGAUAGUGGUAGGUGUGGUAGACGUUAGUUAAGUUUAAAUUAGUUUAGAGACCUUUUUGUUAUUUCUACGAUGUCUUAAAGCAUCACGAGUCUUGUUCAUGUUUUCUUUAGCACUGUUCAAGAUUUUUCACCGUCGCCUGCCAUUGCUAAUCAAGAUUACAUGCCGAUGGUUAACGCGAGCGUCAUCAUCGCUGACGGAUCAAAUACGUCUUCAGUUGAUGUCGUCAUUCUUGGUGAUGUAACACCUGAACUAAGAAAGUACUUUACUGUGGUACUGGAGUAUGUUGAACUUCUGGAAAUUGGAGUAUCGUCCAGACCUCGUUUGGGUUCGCAGUCUAGUGUUAAUGUAACGAUCGAAGAUGAUGAUUAUGUUUAUGGAUUGUUUAAAGUGUUUGCACAAGGAAAUCGAAGUCAGGUUGUUGUCAAUGAAACAGGGGGUUUGGCCGUGAAUCUUGAGUUUCGGAGGCUUGGAGGUAAGAGUUGGAAUAGGUCAGCGAUGGUGUGACAGUGGAACUGGAUGGACCUUUUAACUCUGUCACCGAGGUUGGAUUUCUGCAACAUGUAGUUGUCUGUUAAUUUUGCCCCAGUCACAUACAGUAAAGCCCCGCAUAAAAGAACCAGUGAAUUUUGACUUUAGGCUGAAGUGGUUCUUAUAUAAUCUUACUUCACACUAUACUUUUUUCUAUUCUACACAUUAAUAGGGACUGUUGUUGCAUAGAACUAUUGUUAUGACACUAAUAUGGUUCUCGUUACAUAUAUCUAAACUUAAAAAAACUUUUUAAAACUUGUAUUUUGGUUGCUUAAUUGCCCAAAUGUCAGGCUGGUGGUUCUUAACCUACCGGUUCUUUUAUGCGGGGCUUUACUGUAUGAGAAGAGUGCUUCCAGUUUGACUAUACCAAAUACCACAAGUUUUUCUCUACAGUACAGUUUCUUCCUGUAGUAACACAGGACCAGUGAUGGAUUCUUAUCUAUAGGUCAAGAAACCGAAGUACUCGUAGAAUAUCUGCAGUGUUUGGUAGAGUCAAGCAGGAAGCACUCUUUUCACAUGUCACUGAGGUGGAAUUAUGUAUAUUGCAGAAAUCGAACCUGGUUUCAUUUCAAAGGGCACACUCGCUAAUGCCUGUGCCACUAAAACACAUCUUGAUAGUUGUACUCUGUUUUUUUUUUAAUUUCAAACUAAUUACUUGUCUUGUUUAGGUGCAACUGGUGCGGUUUCAGUGAUGGCUAUAAUAUCUCCCAAAAGCACAGCUCGUGUAAAUGAGGACUUUCAAGGAAGUGACGUUACGUUGAGCUUCAAACCCAGAGAGCGCACGAAGUCUCUUGCAAUAAGUAUCAACAGUGACAACAUCCCGGAGCGUGAUGAGACUAUAAUUGUGAAGCUGGUCAACCCCACCGCUGGCGCAUCGGUGGCACAGGGGACUGGAAACAAUGUAACGAUCAUAAUUCAGGCAAAUGACGUGGUUGCGGGCUAUAUUGGAUUCAGUAUGCUGUCCCAAGUGGUGAUUGUGAGGGAAGGAGAGAUGGUUCAUCUUAAAGUUGUUAGGACGUCUCCUGCAGCGGGAAUGGUGACUGUUGAUUGGCUUAUUCAAGGACAGAAUGUUACAAAGGAUUUUAAUGAAACAUAUGGAACGGUGGUUUUUAAAGAGGUGUGGUAUGAAAUAAUAUGCUGCAUGGCCGGAUUUUAAGGGGAGGUGUGGAGAGGUGCGCACCUUCCCCAAGAUCGUUUUGCACCUCCCCUGAGAUUUUUUCACCUCCCCUGAAACGUCAUGCACCUUCCCGUAUGAAAUGUUAAAUGAUAUAUCAAAGUGAAAGAAAUUGUUAUGUGUUUCUUAGAGCAAGUACCCUUUAGCCUGCGAACAGGCUCUCAAGCUGAAUUGAGAGCCUGCAUCGAUGACUAAUGAAUUUGAAUAUCUGCCCCGUAACGUUCGUUUUUCCAAAUAUGGAAUGUCUAUCCUUAUAUGGUGUUGUUUACAACUUUCGUGCAAACUAAAUUUAGACCGUGCAAACUAAGUUUAGACCGUACAGUUUAUACUGUUUUUCGAAAUAUAAGAUAUUCAAGCAAAAGUUCAAAUGUUUUAAAUACUGUUUUCUCAAAACAGAACAUUUCGUGCUUUGAGAUAAGACGGCCAAGACCAAUUUGAUCAGUUAAUGUGUUUUUUAUGCAUAGUGCUUCAGCAGUUGACAUAUAUAGAGCUCAGCGGAAAUAGCAUCUGACCAAUGAGAAUUUCGCGUCACGAUUUGAGACGCAGAUAUUCAAAUUCAUUAGUCAUCGAUGCAGGCUCUCAAUUCAGCUUGAGAGCCUGUUCGCAGGCUAAGUACCCUUUUAAUGCAAUAUUUCACAAGAAACUUAGUUUGUAGUAAUGUAACGAAGGGCAAAGUCAGAUGGCUCGUACAGUCAUAAUUCAUAAAUACACUGAAACAUAUGUACAGUACAUGCAUUCAGAGAGGGGUUACGUUCUAAGCCCUAAUUUCCAAUGGGGGCGACGAGCUAGACCGCUGCACCUCCCCUAAAUUGUUUCCACUUCCCCCACCAUUUCUACCAAAAUCCGGCCUUGAUAUGCUGUAUGAUGCUGUAUGGUAGAGUAUGGUGUAGUAUAGUGUAGAAUAGUAUAGUGUGGUAGGGAUGGGAUGGGAUGGUGUGUACGUGGCUUUUUAAGUGUGGUUUGAUGUGAUUGGUAUGGUAUGGUAUGGUAUGGUAUGGUAUGGUAUGGUAUAGUGUGGUAUAGUAUGGUGUAUUAUGGAUGGUACGGAACUAUAUAAUAGACAAAAUUUUCUUUAUCUAUGUAGGGUCAAAACUCCACCUACAUACGAACACGAGUGAUAGCCGACAACACAUCAGAAAUUGACGAACAGUUUCAAGUGAUUCUCCGAAACCCAAUAACAUCGGGUAUUUCCAGAACUGGCGCGGCUGAGAUCAACCCUCGUAUGGGGACAGCCACAGUGACAGUAGCAGCUAGUAACGAACCACAUGGAGUGUUCGAGUUUCAGCAGAGUUCACGAAGGGUUACUGUUCAAGAAAGCGAGAAUAUUGUUGAACUGUCUGUUGCAAGAUUGUUUGGAAAUAUUGGUAAGAUAAAAUUAAAAUAACUUUAUGCCAAAUUGAUCUAUUAGUUUUAAACUGUUCUCCGUAAGCGUCAUCUCUCAUUGGUACAAUGUUAUUACAGGAAGAAACCUAAACUAAUACACCCUUUUCAUAAAUGGCUGCCGAUUAAAAAUUCUUUUAUGUGCAUAUAAAUUGGCCCAACUAGCCUCGUACUCAUGUUAAGAUUUCAAAGGAAUUUCUACCCAGAAACGAGGCUAGUUGGGCCAAUUUAUAUGCACAUAAAAGAAUUUUUAAUCGGCAGCCAUUUAUGAAAUGGGUGUAUUGUUUUCUUUAUUUAUACUGCAUUGUUCUAUCUGUCUUUCCAGACGUCUAGUAAAAGUAGCGCCAUUCUUUAUUGGUCAAAUGUUACUACAGGAGGAAACCAAAACUAAACUAGAACUGAUUGAUACCUCAAUCAGGUUUAAACGGUUCUCCCUAGAGGUCCAGUAAGAGGCAUUCCUUAUUGCUCCAGUGUUUCUACCUGAACUAAUUACAUAUACUGGAUAGCAUUAUCAGUUCUGUGCUGUUUUCUCUAGAAGUUCAACAAGGGGUAUUUCUUUCGUCCAGUGUUGCUACUACAAGAGGCAAUCCAGAGAAAACCUUUGAUGUUUAGGAAUGUCGUACUGGAAGCACUCUUCUCACAUGUGACUAAAAUUUUAAUGAGACAACUGCAUAUUGCACGAAUCAAUUCAAUUCAAUUUAUUAAAUUGCCACAAAAAGGAAUUAUUUACAAACGAAACGUACAUUAAUGAAAGAUACAUGUGACGAGAAGCCCAAGAAAAACCAUAAGGCUUAAUUUGAGUUACGGACUUCCUCAUUUAAUUCCUCAGUAUUACAAUAAUGAAUCACAGCUGUGCUAGUGCUCAGAUAGACUUAACUAAAUUUGGCAUUUCUGGGUUGGAGAACCAAGUAUUAAAAACAUAUUAUAGUCGAGAGAAUAAGACGUUUUUUAAUUGAAUAGGAAUUGUUCAAGCCCCGGAUGUAUAGGUUAAAGGAACGUGCACUAGACAAGACAAUUUUAACCUUCAAUUUUGUUCAGGUACAAUUCGUCUACACUUCACUAUCAUAAAUGGCAGUCUGCAUUCCCUAUCUUCCGAUGAGAGACUUGCAGCAUCGGGUACAGAUGUGGUAGUCAACUCCACUUCAAUACUUAUCAACAAUGGCUGGAGUGUCGGGGCAAUUCCUUUGAGCAUCGUCAACGACAACCUGGCCGAACUGGAUGAAUAUUUCUUGGUUAAUAUUACCAGUGUUGAACUGGUGAAUACGUCAGCGCGUUCUAUCAAUAAUGAAACAUUCACACCGCCUCGACUUGGCCAAUAUUUAACGUCAGAGGUGAAGAUUGGAAAGAAUGAUGGACCACAGGGAAUUCUGGUUUUCUCUCCUCCAAGGUUUGUGUUUGAUGUAGUAUAGGAGAGUUUCAGUGAGUGUUCACCUACGACAACAUAGACGAGUUGUGUUCUUGAUUUACACAGUACAACUCACUCCUGGGACAACCAAGUGGAUAAGAUAUAUAAAUACCUUAAUUCCAGGCUUUAUCUGUUUAAGCGUAUUUGCCCAGCCCUCCCACUGAAAUGCAGAAUUAAGUUUUACUAUACUUUUAUCUACCCCCAUUUACUUUAUGGCAUCACUAUUUGGGGCAAUGCACGCCAUGAGCUUAUCGACCCUUUGCUUAAACUUCAAAAAAGAGCAGCCAGAUUGGCUUUGGACGAGAGUAUGUCAACGCCUUCUGUUGAUCUGUUCCGCAAACUGGAAUGGAUUCCCAUCUACAACUUAAUUAAGAUGCGAAAAAUUUUACUCGUUGUAAGCACCUUGCGCAGCUCAUCUCCUAGUGAUCUGCGCGAGUUGUUUUGUUUCUCUGGGGCAUCGCACGAUGUACAUACUCGCUUCUCUGUUACUGAUCUCAAAAUACCAUCUGUCAAAUCUAAUCUUUCCAAGACCAAACUCUCAUACAGUCGUGGUUUACUUUUCAACUCUUUACCAAAUGACCUGAAAGUGUUUAACGAUUAUUCCCCGUCUGCGUAUAAGCAUAAAUUUAAGAGGUUUUUCUCUAAUCUUAAUCAUGAGGUUGACCAUCGUGAACAAUUUUCGUGUCUUUUCUUGCAAAAACCUAGUUAAGUGCAUUUGUUACUCGCACUGAAUUUUCUUUUAAUUUUUAAUAACUUAUAUUGUCAAAACUAAAAAAAACAACAACAUUAUGCAUGCUUAGUAAUACAGUUAUUUUCGUAUUUGGUACUAUAAGUUGUAUAGUCCCAUGUGCUGUGUCAAAUGCAACUAUAGUCUUGCUUCUUUGUAUAUAUUGUAAAUACUGUAGGUUAUCUAAUUUUUAGAGGGCCAUUUUGUAGAAUACCUUCAUAGGUAAAAAUGUAUAUUUACCCUCAUCAAAUAAAGUUUAUUAUUAUUAACUCAAGUUGUAAGCAGGUUGCAUGCGACAGUUUUAGGAAAAAGUUGUGUAGUGUAAAAUCGGCCUUUACAAGACAACUGGGGCCGGUUGUUCAAAGGUGGAUUAGCGCUAACCCUGGGUUAAAAUUUAAUCUGCUGUUUUAGUUUAUGUAUUUCUGCACGUCUCUUUAUUUCAAAACUUCAGAGAAGAAAACUCCAACUGAUACAAACAAUAUUUCUGAAGAAAUAUUUCCAAAUUUAUAAACAAGCUGUUGGGACGUUUGCUUUGAAUUUUAGGUUAACCUAGGCCCUAGGAUUAAGCUAAUCUGGUUCCGAACAACCGGGCCCAGAUGGUCAAAUCAGGGUUCGUAGCGGUCUUUGAAAUCCUUGAAAGUCUUUAAAUUUGAAUGCAGGUCUUUAAGGUCUUUGAAAAGUUUUUGAAGUGUGUCAAAAAGCGAAGAAAGUCUUUAAAAGUCUUUAAAUUCUUUAGUGAUUAUUUGAUUAUACGAUUUCCUAGCUAAUAAAAUAGAUUGAUUGAAGCAAGAAUUUCGCAAAUAUCGACGAAAAAGUGCAUUUUAGGAUGUGAUUUGACGGGACUAAUUACCUGGUAAAAAUGGUGCUUAUACAUCGCAAUUUUUCGACACCUGAUUGUUCUCAAAGGUCUUUGAAAAGUCUUUGACAAUAGGCAGAAAAAAUCUUUGAAAGUCCUUGAAAUUUUUUGGUCUUGGAGUCUACGAACCCUGUCAAAUGAACCAACAAUUACCACAGUGAGAGAAUAAUGUUAAAUCUUAUCAUCAUAUGUAAUACUGCGUGGGAAAUAAAACAAAGUCACCAUUUCAUUGAACACCAUUGUCCAAAUUUUCUGACCUAGGUCAGGCUUAGGUUACGCCAAAGAGUGUUUUAGACUACCAUAAUGUAGUACAAAUACGGCUCGAGAAUACCGAUCUUCUGCCGUAGAAACACUGGUCCAGCCAGGAAUGGUUGAACGGUUCUUAUACUUUAUACUUGACCUCUAUAGGAAGAACAAUUUUGAGCUAAUUUGGCUGUCCAUUGUGGAUAAAUUAUUUGGCUGUCCAUUGUGGAUAAAGUUAUCCUUGCAAAGCUGGGGGCGGUUGUUCAAAGCUGGGUUAGCUUAGCCCUGCAUGGGUUAACCUAAAAUUCAAAGCAAACUUCCUGACAGCUUGUCUAUAAAUUUGGAAAUAUUUCUUCAGAGAUCUUGUCGUCCAGAAAUACACAAACUAAAACAGCAGGUUUAAUUUUAACCCAGGGUUAGCGCUAACCCACCUUUGAACAACCGGCCCCUGUUGAUUAUAAUUUCGUUUUGUCUUCAGAGUAAACGUACCGGAGGAUAUCGCAUCAUUCAACUUGACAGUGUUACGAACGCAAGGAACGUUUGGUGAUAUAGAAGUAAACUACUACAUCAGACGAAUUAAUAUCGAAGAAAGUGACUUUAGACUCUACGGCAACCUUCAAAUGGGCGGCGAAGGAACUCUGAAAUUCUACGUUGGAGAACGAAGACAAAAUAUUACAAUCUUUAUUCACAAUGAUGUAAUACCCGAAGCCAACGAACAGUUUGAGGUUCGCUUGAAGUCACCGCGCGGUGGAGCACUUUUGGGACUGGACUAUAUCGCUUACGUCACUGUACUUGUAAACGAUGCAGGCAACGGGAUAUUCAGGUUCAGUGAUGGAUCUCUAGGUAUGACAAUUGAUGAACCGGGUAGUCGACAUGUUGGUACCACUCGAGCGAGUUUUACAGUAGUGCGUGAGAAUGGUACCAUUGGUGAGGUGGUUUUAGGGUGGAGAAUUGCAAAUGUCACCGCGAGUUUGGAUUUCAAGUCUCUGAAUGGUACAGUGUUGUUUAAAGAUGGUGAGCAAAGGAGGUCAUUCAUUGUUGAAACAGUGGUCGACACUGUUCCUGAAAAGGAGGAACGGUUUUUGAUUGUUUUGUCUGUUCUGAGAGGUAAGGCAUUAACGUUGUUUAUGCUGUACCAAGGGUGUUAGUUGUUAGUGCAUGUGUCUUUCAAAUCUGUGAUAGGGUUUUAUUCCUGCAUUAAGAAGUUCUCUGAUUGUAAUUCCACCGUAGUCACAUGUGAGAAGAGUAAGCCUGCUGGUUUUCUCUGUAUACCACCAUUUCAUCCUGUACUAACUGGACCUAUAAGGGAUAGCUUUUGUCAGACCUCUAUAGGUAAAACAGAUAGAGCUAUCCAGUAUAAAUACAGUUAUUUUAGUUUAGGUUUCCUUCUGUGGUAACACUGGACCUUUUAGGGAAUAGGAGAUAGUCCUUACUGGACAUUCAGACAGAUCAGUUUAGAACAGAGCAGCUCACUGUACAAGAAAAGUUUUGGUUUCCUCCACUAGUGACACUAGACAAAUAAGGGAAGUCCCUUUAUCGUACCUCUAGAGAGAACAAAUAAAUCCAUUGUAAGUUCACAUGAAGUGACACAACCAUGAUAAAUAAUUUUAUCAGUUUUAUCGUUUUCCGGACGAUAAAAAUCCCUCGUUCGCAGCGCUCACUCGUGAUAUUUACGAUAUCGUCCUCAAGCGAUAAUCGCCUCGCCCCUCAUAUGAUAACCUAUACUUAUUCUCUAGGUGGUGGUGACUUGACAUCGCCCAGUCAAGCAUGGCUGACUUUCAGUGAAAAUGAUGAACCUUAUGGAGAACUUGACUUUGCCUUGCCCCCUCAAACAUUGAAUAUCGAAGAGACAAUCGGUUAUGCUGAAAUCAAAGUUCUUCGUCGUAAAGGAACUUAUGGUACAAUCACUGUAAAUUACCACACAAUUUCUCAAACAGCUGACAGUUCUGUGGGGCCGCUCAUGAGGUUCGGAGUGUUUCAAAGUUUUCAGACACAAAAUGCUCAAACAUGGUAUUCGUUCUCGGCGUAUGGUAAACAGUAUUUAUUGCUUGGUGCUAGCAAUGGUUCCCUAAGAAACGAUGACGUGAACAUUGGCUCGGGUUUGUUUUAUUGGCAAGGAGUGUAUACCCAUAUUACGGUAUGUCUAACUUACAUGUAUUUCUUAUGAUAUCUAUUUUGAUAUAUGAACAUGGGUGAACAUUGAAAAUAUCCUGUAAAUAAUCAAGUAAAUCAACACUUGGAGUCUUGGACAUCGUAACUGUGUGAGACGAACAAAUUGUAGAACUGGUGUCAUGCUAUAUUUUACAGGAAAAAAUAUUUCACAUUAAAAUAUAACGUAAAACUAAUUUAGAUAACAUAGGGGACACUAUCAGGGAGAUCCAUACUCCCCCAGAAAAUUUUGAAAAUCACGUGUCGCAGAUCGGCUAAAAAUGCAUUUGCUAUACAACAUUUGUUACAUCAUUCCAUAGUCCAUGCAUUAACACACCAUCGCACUAUUAAGAUGGAUGCACUUAUAAUAAGCAUUUCUGAGAUCAUGGUGUGAAUUUUCUUCUAAAUUUCUCCUUUUAUCUAAAUUAUUACAAUUUUUCUUUCUUGGGGAAAUAUUUUCUGGGAACUCAAAACAUUUUCUGGGACCAAUCCCGUGGUCUGAUACUUUUUCCAGCCCUGUGUAUGAAGUUGAACUCAACUCCCUAGCUCAAGUACCUUUAUCGAUUUAUCCGAAGGAUAUCAGGAUGAACUUUCUGACAUUGCCAAUCUUUUAUUUCCUUUUAAUUUAGAACAUCACAACCAACAAUCCAGUUCAGUUCGAAUCAUUCGACAUCAACGGCCAGUACUACAUUGCUGUAGCAAAUCAUGGCUCCGAGAACAACCAUGAAGUUGACUCGACAAUAUACCGGAUGUUUGAAAAUGGAACAGUGUUGCAUUUUCAGGAUAUUUCCACUCAAGGAGGGUCGGAUGUGAAGUUCUUUAGACCUCAGGGGAGUGGUGAUUCGUAUCUAAUCUUUGCGAACAUGAAGGACAAUUCUGGUAAUACUGCUGUGCUCUCGAAGGUGGGUGUAUUUUAUUAUUGUGUUGUGUUGUGUUGUGUUGUGUUGUGUUGUGUUGUGUUGUGUUGUGUUGUGUUGUGUUGUGUUGUAGCGUUGUGUUGUGCUGUGUUGUGUCAUGUUGUGUCAUGUCGUGUUGUGUUGUGUUGUGUUGUGUUGUGUUGUGUUGUGUGGUGUUGUGUUGUGUUGUGUUGCAUUUGAUUGCCUUGCAUUAAUUGGAUUGGAUUGUUUUGUGUCUUAUUGUAUUCUAUUGCAUUCGUUUCUAUGGGAUUUAUUGUAUUUUUUAAUAUAACGUUUUGUAGGUUUACAAAUGGGUUAAUGGUCGUUUUGUGGAGCACGGACCAGGCCUAAACUGCCGGGGAGCUUCAGGCCUUGCCUUAUUCAGAGUAAAUAAUCGUAACUUCCUCGCGAUCUCUAGCUACUAUGACAGUGUUAACCGCAACUACCAAAGCAAAUCUGUCACUUUUGAAUGGAGGAAUGAUCAGUUUGUACUUCUGUCAGAAAUCACUACGAAUGGCGCUACUGGGGUAGAAUACUUCAUGUUAGAUGGAGAUCAUAUUCUGCUGUUUGUGAACUCUCGUUCGUCCCCUGGUCUGUAUAAAUGGAAUGCUGGGACGUUCGUCUUGCAUCAAGAUGUGCCCAUCACUAAUGCGAAAUCUGUGAAAGAGUUCUUACUGAACAACGAAGGUGUGUUUUGAUUGUGUAUCAUAAACAAUAAAGCACAUUUAAGCAGUCAUUUUGUACGAAUCAGUGAGGUCGUAGCUACGGGAGAAAUGAAGGGUCCGGACCUCCCUCCCCCACUUUCUUCAGCACCAAUUUUGUAAUUCUUUUAAAACUGAGGAGAAGCUGGGGAGGGGGCCGGAGUAACCUCUUAAUGCUGUCAUCUAUGACAUAAAAUAUACCAAAUCUGUGGUUGUCACCCCCCCCCCCCGCCCAUUUGUGUGGGACUGGAUACGCCCCUGGAAUCAGAAUUUACAAAGAUAUUCAACGUGACAGCAGAUUGUAAUGUAUGUUUUUAUCAUGUUCUUAGCUUUCUUGGUCAGUACUACAUCAGAAGGUAGCUCGCACCUUUGGAAAUGGGAUAGGAACACAUCAAACUUCCAGUUUUACACG